CGCUCUCACUCACAUCCUCGAAGCGGCUCGACAGUCUUGUCCCGGCCGCUCUGCCUUCCACUCACCUCCAAAAGGAUACCAGCUCGCGUGCCGUGCCUGCAGAGAGAAGAAAGAAAGGCCGAGACGACACCCUGUAUCUGAGGUUCAACUGCCAAUCACUGCAAGGGCCCUUUAAUUCAAAGAUUCAGCCAGCAGAGUAUAAUCCGUCCGUGCUCUCGUCCCCCGUCUCUGGCAAGAUCUAAAUCCACCGGAGAGUACUCUUCAUUCACAAGGAAGGCUGCGUGCAAUGUGCAAGGCAUGAGACAUCGCGGAUCUGCUGUUUCUCCCGCCAUGUUCGCGUCAGUGGUGCUCUUCUCCGUCGUGGCCAUCUUUGGUGCCAAUGCCCAGGUGUACGUCAACCCGGACGCCGUCCAGUCGAGUUCUUCGUCAUCCACGGCAGGCGACCUGGUGACGCAGACAGUUUACGGCUUCCUCGACUUCACGACCACGAUCGGUAACACGGUGAUGGUAUUCUCGCCGCAGAGUGCUCCAGCAGCUCCAGAGCCGACAAAAAAGCCAAGCACGACGCCGCUGAAGGUGAUUGAGACGAAGCCCACGACGUCGCCGGCGAGCGCCAUAAAUCCCAGCAAAACGGUCGCUCCCCCCAGCGAGAAGAAGCAGGUGGAGAAGAAGUCGAGCGUGGCCGAGCGCAAGAAGCAGGUUCUCUCGAGCGUCGUCGAGGUCAGGGUAUCGUCUGCCGUCGUCACACCGCCACCCGCAAUCUCCAGCAGGGUGGAAAUCAAGGAGCAGGUCUCCAGCAGGGUCGAAGUCCGCGAGAGCAGCCAGGUUGUGGUCAACGCCGUCCCUCUGCAGUCGCAAAUUGUGUCUAGCGUUGUACAGGUUCGGUCCAGUGGCGGUGACAGCUCUGACAACCUGCUCUCUCCACCCGAGUCUUACGACUUCCUCCAGGUCAACCCUCUCAUCGUCCCUGAACCAACAUCCAAAACGAUCAAGCAGACGUUCAAGCUGGGCAUUGUGGGCAGCCAGGUGGACACAGUGGUGUUAGAUGACCUGACCACUGUCCACGAGACCAGAACUAUAGGAACCAUGAUCAACGGAAAAUACAGUACCGUCCUGAAAAGCACAUCAUCCGUCAAGGCUGACCGAAAGCAACACAUCAUCAUCCCUACGGCCACACAGACACCGAUCCAUAAAACCCAAGCACCAACUUACGUCUCAGAAAAUGAUGAGCACCUGGAACCUUCACCCGCUGGAGCUGCCUUUGUCGAAGAAACCGCCUACAGUCCUGAUGAAGAACAAGAGCUGAACACGAAGCCUCUGAGAAGGUCCGCGGUUGUUCCUGGAAGGAGUGACUUCCUGAGCAGGCUGCAACAACGCACCCGCAGCAUCACCUACGGAGACGAUGAUGAGGAAUACGAACAGGAGCCACCUUCCAAGUUUGCCAGCUCCAAGAGGCCUGCGAAGGCAAGAACUGCUUCCUUGGCCGUGAGACCCACUUCAAGCGCCCGUUUCCAAAACGCGCGAUUCCGCACCUCCAGCACGUCUGAGCUUGCCACGGUGUCUGUCUUCGGCGGCGAGCCGCGUGCGUACUCGACGGCCAGCGUCGGCGGACCGAACCGCUUCAAGCCGCACCGAAACCGCCCCACAGCCGCCACCACGCAGCGUCCUAACACCAUUAAUGAAACCCCCAGCUACCAGCGCAGAGGCUACAAGGCGCGCACGUCCAGCGUGGUCAGCAGCCAGGAGGAGCGUCCCUUCAGCCAGACCACCUCCAACGGACCUCUCAACAAGUUCAAGCUGAACAGGCCGGCCGGACGCUGGCAAUACAAGACCACCGCCAAGCCCAGGGUGCCCAUCAGACCGCAGGUUGCCUCCCCUGUCAAGACCAGCGCUGAGCACAAUGCUGAGCAGAGCUUCGAAGAAUCAGACAACGUUAACGGUCUUGGCGCAUCUCACGCCGCGCUGACAUCGCCGACCCCUGGAAACGGCGUCGCCGCCAGCCACGGUGAAGACAGCGGAGCCACGGAGGCGUCACCCGAGCUGCAGGCCGAGGGCGCCGAGGAGCAUCACGUGCACGAGCCGGCCCCGGCGCAGGAGACCAUCAGGGUGGAAAUCUCGACGCCGGCCGAUUUCAGCGACGUCUACUACGAAAUCGCCACCAUCAAGUCUCCGUACACGUUCCAGGUUGGCUCCGUCAAGAACACCCGCUACAUCACAGUCACGUCAACAUUUGAAAAGAACCUUGUCACGCCCACUGAGAGCCCUGAAAUACUGCCCACAGAGCCGUUGACCGAAAACAUCCUCGCCACGUCAACCCAAGGAUUUGAGAAUGUGAACCAACUACCGGUGGACGCGAGUAUUGCCACCCUGCCGCCGAUCGUGCUGGCUACCAACGUUGAAACUCCACCCUUGGAGACGGUGACCGAGACCUUCAACACGACGCAGCUGAUGCUGAAGACGCACGUUCUGCCCGUCAUCCAGCAGGGCGGUACAGACACCAAAUUGUACACUCUCGUCCAAUCGUACCAUAUCACCCGAUUCGUGACCGCCAUCAAGACGCUGCCACCGUCCGACGCCUUCCAGUUCCUGCCCAGCCGAGCCCUGAAUGAGUUUAAUACGAGACUGGACGAGGCUGGAUCGGAACUGCACGAACUCGAGCUUUCUGAGAAUGACCAGGAUGGUGAAGACGAGCAGAGGCGUCUGAUCCUGCCUCCCGACCUCGACCUUGCUCAGAUCGGCGGUGACCUGGACCUGGACAAGCUGCCACAGCGUGCUCAGACACCGUCUCUGCCCUCAAGCACUCCUGAGCCCCCCACCACCCCCGCCUCUCCCCAAUACUCCCCUGAGCAGCUGCAGCAACUGGCCCUCCUGCGCUACCUGAACCCCCUGGCGCCGGUGCCGGCCAUCACGACCUCCAAGCCGGUGGUGAAGAAGGAGACCAUCUUCGAGAGCCACGUGAUUCCUCUGUUCAACGGACUGAGCACCGUGUACACGACCAUCUCGCGGCCCGUGAGCACCGUGGCCAAGACCGAGUACGAGGUGACCACGAUCGCGCCCACCGGUCUGCUGCAGCCGCAGUUCACAGUCACCAGCCAGCCCGUGGUGACGCAGACCAUGGUCACGCAGAUCAAUUCCAAGGUGAUCAAACUCAACUUCGGCGCCAAGACGGUGUUCACGACCCUUUACGAGUCGACCGUCGUGCCCACCGUGCUGACCACCUACCUGACCACCCAGAUUCCCGUCCAGCCCACGGCCGCCCCCUUCCCCAACUUCUUCCCAGGCGCCUUCCCCGGCUUCCCCUUCGUUGGGUAGACCGCUCCGUCGCAUCCCCUCCCCUUAUUUAUGUAAAUAUAUUCCUCCCUCCACCCGCGUAUUUAUGUUUUAAGGAAACUAUGCUUGCCGAUUUUUAUAAACGAGGAUGCAAUCUCUCGCUGGCCUCCUGCUCAAAGGAAUUUUAAUUUUUAAAUUGUGAUGUUUAUGUUAUUCUUAAAAUUGUACCUACAGUUAAAAUACGGGGUGGGCCGAUAAAUAAUAAGUCUUCUCGUCUCUAAAAAAUGCCGGUCUAAGAACUAAAAUUUCAGAAAGAGAGCACAAGCUCAGGCUUUUCCUCUCUCUCUUUUGAGCCACUUUGAGACCAAUUCUCGCCGAAGAAAAAAAAUUAAAUUUCUUUCCUCUGCUCUUUGGUCUGCAAUUCCGGCAAACGAGGUGCAGAGCGGGAGGGAGAAAGUUACGAAUUAUAUGAUGAUGAAGGCUGUAUCAAGAGAUUUGGGACAGAGAAAUUACGGCGCAAAAAAAUACAAAUGGAGCGAAAAAGAAAAGUGACUCCCCCGAGAAUGCUCUGGCCUCGCAUCCUCCUCUCUUCUGUUCUGUAUUUUGUGAAGAUGCAUGCAUUUAUAUAGCUGGAGAAAAUAAAGAGAUAGAUGAUGAAAGAAAGAAAGAAACUGUUCUCGUACAAAUGAUGGUGUUGAAUAUUAUAUAUUUUAUCGCAUAACUUUUGUAAGAAAACGAAAAUGACUCGCCGAGUGAUUUGUAAAAAGUUGUAAAAUAAAUAAAAACUCGAUUAUUAAUCUGAAAAA